AAGAAUAGGGGAGAAAGUCGAGAGAUAGUAGCACGAAGCCUUUGUACACUCGUACAGUAGUAGUAAUAGUGGUAGUGUGUGUGACUUGAGAGAGCAAAAAGAGAACAAUCAAUAAAGCAAAUCACCCAAGAAGAAGUCGCACUAUCGAAGUUGAUUUUUUUUUUUUUUCUUUUUUUCUUUUUUUUCUCUUUUUUUACUGCCUUCCCGAUGUAGAUGACUCGGCAUCAGUGCUCAUAACACCAGAGUAUACAAAUACAGCUACACUACAGAGUGUAUACUCCAAUACUGCAAUACUACAACGUUGUCACAGCUAUAUAUAAUUACGAUAUACCUGUACUAUACAGGAUGAACCAAACCCUCGUCCACAUUGCCGCCCCCAGUUCCUUCCACGACGACUGCCGCUAUCGAGCUCAAGCCGACGCCAUUCUCCAGACCUUCUAUCCUACUACCACCCAAGACCAGGAGAACGAGGACGAGACAGGGAAUAGUCUCCCGCAUGAUCCUCCCCUCGCACCUGCACGAUUAGCUCCCGACUCCUUAGAUAGUCCGGUCUCUGUCAUUCCCGAAUCGCCACUGGCCUCCUUUAAACGGCCGUCACCACUACCGUCACCAGAGAGAAAUCCCAAGAGACACUGUCUACCACUACAGUCAGAAGAAAAUGAACAAGCAGAGCAUGAAAUAAAAACCCCUCUAACAAUCAACCCUCCAGCACCUCCCAUCGCCUCAAACCCCUUCACAACACACAUCACGCCCACCCUCUCCCUCCUCGCCAACCGCCUCAAUCUCGCCCGGACGUUUGUCCCGACGCACCAGGCCCGCCCGCUCCACGUCCUCGAACGGGGUUAUUGGCGGCUCCGUCUGCGUUUGCGUUUGCACGACCCGCUGGCCUCGGGGCUGGACACCCGUUAUCCCCGGCCUUUGGGUCGGGGCUGGACCGGCCGAGGGUCCGGUGCUGAUAGUACAGCUACUAUUGCACACGCAAAUCAUGCUGCCGCGGGUGUAAAUCCAAAUACUUGGGAUAGGGAACUGUUUAGUCGCUUCUGGGGGUUUAUGGAGGAUCUUAUUGCGAAAGAGGGGCGUGCGGGUUGGGGGGUUUGGUGUGUUCUUGAGCGAGAGGAGCCCGAGGUCGAGUCAGGAGCAGAUCGAGAUCUGGUUCCGGAUCGGGGGUGUGAUCUUCAUCCUACUUAUCCACCGAACCCCGAAAGCUUCGUGUUGAAGGUGUAUACAUGGGGUGAAAUAGCACCUCAUGUUUAUCUGUUGCUUUAUCUUGCUAGUGAGCGCUGGAUCCGGGGGAUGGGUGCGCAGUGGCGCGAUGCGUCGGAGGGCGUUGUUAUUCAGAUGGCUUGAUCGCUUUUACUGUACUACGUACUUUGUAUAAAUUUGUAUAUAUAGUGCUUUUGUUCGUGGAUGCCUCGAUUUGAGUUCAGAACCUCAUGCUUGCUACACACCAUACAAGCAAUUAUAUCUGCAAUCAUAUUCAUGCUUGUGGAUGAUCCCUCAUCCUGACCCUGGCGGAUGGCAGAUGACGAACCUGGUUCUGCUGCUUACAUGCUUCAGCUUACAUGCUUCAGUGCCCCUCAGGAUGUGCAGAGGGUCUUGGGAUCGCACUAUGUGCAGGAAAGGAUUAUUUGGGUUAAGAGGAUUCGGUCAGAGGUUCUGGUGUGAAUAUUGCUUUUAUUGGCUCGAUCAGGGCCAGUCCAGACCGUGUUAUUCACCAGGGCGCUCUAGAUAUGGACA